AUGUUUGCAGGUGACCAUGUCACGUGUCUCAACAAGCUUAACGAAGCCCGCAUGGCUGCGGGACUUGAAAAUUUUACCGCGGCCACAGACAGUUCUGCUGCGAGUCUUCCCGAUAGCUCACAGGACUUUUGGAAACCUGUAUGCAGUGCUCUCCUAAAGAAGUCGACCCUAGACAAGAAGGAUUUGGAGGCUAAGUCAGGGACAUACGCGUUCACACCCAUAUCGGAUUCUCACACAAAGGACUGCUGCAGAUGCAACGAGGCAAUAAGAACAUGGAAGGCUGCGUUCACCAACUUCACUGGCUUGCCUCCAUCAAAAGAUGACGGUGUCGAUCUCUACAAAGACAUUAACAACGUGUCCUUAGUUGCAAUGUACAAUGCCCAAACCCCGCCCGUUGCGGAUUGCAGAAUUGUAAAGUGCACAGAGAAGGACACCAAUGCUCUGGGAGUUGUCUGUUUGACGACACCAGACGCAUUCAAGGAUGGCGCUCCCUUCACGUAA